AUGCAGACCGCAGUUCAACGUAUGGACAGCGACACGAUGGCAGUACGUUCGUCUGAUAGUACGUAUCAAGAUCUGCACAUCAUAUACAGGAAUAGUCGUACUGAUGAACAGAAACGACGUUUGCUUUUGCUUCUCGGUUCUCUUGCUUCAAAGUUUGGUGAAACUGACGUUCAGAAAGUUUGCCGCCGUUUCUUUAAAGAACAAGACAUAAACAAGCUACUCGGUUUUAUCGAAAGGACUCCGGACGAAGUAAGUACUUUUGCUGAUUGUAUCAAGUGCCAAAUAUUGUUGCUGCGGCAUCUUUCGCCUUGCCGUGUUGAUGGCGGUAAUUUAACGAUGCAUAGAGUCAGUGCCGUUGUAGAUGACGAGUGCGAAUAUGUCGAUGAGGGAUUUGUGCAACAACUCUUGACCACUGCGACUACCUUGGCGAAGCCAUUGCUGAUCGUUGGUCCUGUCGGAAGUGGUAAAAGCGCAGUGGUCGUCAAGUAUGCGCGGACGAAUGGCCGGACGACCGCUGACACUUUCUCUGUAAUACAUUUCGGCGAAAAUAUGGACGGAAAGGCGCUUUUCGGAUAUUACCAUUGUACGGAGGUACCUGGGGAAUUCCAGUGGAAGUUCGGACUCAUCACUGAGGCGAUGGUGAACGGCAAAUGGCUUUUGCUAGAGGAUGUUGAUCACGCGCCCAGUGAUGUUCUCGGAUACCUGGCUUCGGUUUUGGAGACUCGCGCCGUAAAAAUAGCUGGGCGUAGAACGAUUACCGCCAGUCCAGAUUUUCAGCUGUUCGCCACAGCUAGAACCGACUGCGGCGCGUCAAGAUUGAAUGCGGAGGUGUCGCUGGUGUUAAGAAAAUUUCCCAUGUUUCUCAGUCUCAAAUCCUUUACCGUCACCCGGAUGCGUAAGAUGAUUCUUGACAAAUACCCGCGAUUAUCUAAGCUAACAGAUUGCAUGCUCGAGAUAUUUCAUUCUCUGAUUGACGUGACCCGAAGCGCCCAUCAUCGUAUGAUCUCGUUUCGGGAUUUAUCGAAGUGGUGCCACCGAGUCAGUUAUUUCGAGUGCUUCAACGACGCGGUUGGUAUUUUUCAGAAUGCAGUCGAUUGUUUGGUUGCUCAUAUGCGAGAUCCGCAAGCUAGGUUGGAUCAUAUGAUGCGUGUUGGAGUUAGGAUGAACAUGAAUAAGGAACAGGUUACUUACUACUUCGAAAAGUACAAGCCAAGAGUGGACGCCGAUUCGAACAGGAUAACCGUAGGGCGAGUCAGGAUUGACUGUCUUCGUUCUAUGUCAGUUGAUACUAGAAGUGCCGUGUUUGCGUUUUCUCGACCUGCGUGUACGCUUUUGGAACAGAUCGCGCUUUGCACAGAGCUCGAUGAGCCGGUGCUGCUGGUUGGUGAUACGGGCUGCGGCAAGACGACGACGGUGCAGUUUCUGGCUGAAUACGUUGGGAGAAAACUGUCAGUGAUCAAUAUGAAUCAGCAAAGUGAACUGACCGACCUGAUCGGCGGUUACAAACCAGCCGACUUACGAGCCAGUUUCAUGCGGCUGAAACAGUUGUUCACUGUGCAGUUUUCCAAGACGUUCUCCACUACAAAGAACGAACGUUUUCUCAAACACGUUCAGACAUGCUUCGUCAACGCAAAGUGGCAGGAGCUGAUCGGUCUGAUCCGGUACACCGCUUCGAAGGCGAUCGAAAAGAACGACAGCUCCGCUUCUCACUGGCAACUGCUACUGCAGGAAAUACCGAAAUAUCAGACUUUGGUCGACAGAUGCAGGGAAGGCGUUAUGUUUUCUUACGUGGAGGUAUAA